AUGAAAGUUUUUCGAGCAGAAACUGGAAAAAGAAUUCGAAUUAGAAAAGAUGUCGAUAGCUUGGAAAGUCUUCAAGUAGAGAUUGAACAGUUGACUGGUGUUUCGACCUAUUCACAAAUACUUAUGACAAGUCAUGGCUUACAGUUAAAAGCUGAGAUGAUGAAAGAUAUCAUUCAAUCAAGUGGCAAGGAUGAACAAGUCAUAUUUCUUUUUGAUAGAGGUUUUCUUGAUGCAAAUAAUAUGAGCAGUUUAGAUUCACUUAAUGAAACCGUGAUCUUAGAACCUUCUGUUUCAGCAUUCACAGUGUCAUCAAUUCCUAAAAUGAUGCAAAAUAAUAAUAGUAUACCUUGGUCAAACAUAAAUAUUUCUGACGAGUGUGGAUCUUUUUCAAGUUUAUUUCAAUCACACCAUUCUCAAGGACAGUCUUACGUUAAAGUAGCCACCACUCAUACUGAAAUAUGUGAAAGGUUGUAUCAAGAACAAGUGGCACAAUUAAUGGCCUUGAAUGUUGCAAUUACAAAUCUUGAUGCUCAUAGCAGAUCUGUUAUUGAAGCUCAUGAAAUAUUCAAUGUUUAUGCACAAAAGGAAAUCUCUAAAAAACUAAAAUUGAUCCAAAGUUUACCAUCAAAUCUUGAGCUUCUCAAACGUAUUACGGUCCAUCCUGAUAUAAUAAAAAACGCAGGGAUAGAAACAAACGACAAUGGUUCUUAUACAUUGUUUGAUUAUCUUCCACAAGAUAAAUAUACUUCAUUGGCAAACGAUGGAAAAGAAACCUUUGACCUUCUGGCACAACAUGUUCGAGAUUUAGAUUCUAAAAUUAGAUCAAUUCGUUCAGGGACAGAAACUAUAAAAAAGACGAAACAUGAUAAAGAAUUCGCGCCUUUAGAAGCAAAUCUUAAUAAAAUUAGAAAACAUUUUAUCAACCUCAAACAACACGCUGGAAAACUUGAACAAGAUGUGACAAGAGUUCAAACAUUAAUUUCAAAAAUUAUGGAAUCGAAUUCCAAAUUUAUGACUUCAAACACGAAUGACGAUUUCAAAGGGCUUAUAAAUAUGGCAAACUAUCAUACAAACGAAUAUUUACCUAAUAUGCAAAAUAUUGAUAUUAUAUUACGCGAACAAGUUACUUAUUUUGUUCAAAAUAAGAAUAAGAUGACCAAUAAUUUAAUUAAUAAUCUUCAACAAAUAUCUUAUCUUGAAUCAUCUAUCGCAAAUGUUCCUAGUAUUUUGUGUCAACUAGAACAUCAAUUCAGAUUAAAAUCUCAAAGUUUUAAACGUUUAGAUUUGGUUCAUCAAACACUCUCUGCCUAUGCACGAUCAAUUGUUGAAAUUGUGAGAAGAAAAGAAUAUUCAAAAGUUCUGCUUUCCAAAGCUCAACAAUUGGCUGAAGUCAUGGCACAUUUUCGUAACCUUGAACAAAAACGUAGAGAUACUUAUCGUUCUGAAGUGAAAAAACAUAAUCCCAUUAAUAUUCCAGCAUUGGAUGAUCCACCUCCAAUGUGUGACAUAUCUACAGUUAAUAUUGGUGACGAAAAAUUACCAUCCUUUACGAAAAAAGAUAUUCAAGAAUUAAUCAACCUAUUUGAUCAAAUACGAACAUCGUCAAUUUUACAAAACUCAUAUAAUCGUUCACCAACUCUCUCAAGCACUACAACUUCUAGGAUUCGUAUUCAACAAUCUAUCGAUGAUCCACUAACUGAUGUUUUGAUAAAAUUGACUGGCCAAUUGGAUGGAAUGGAUAUGGAAUUUGAAAAAAUUCUAGAGAAAAAUUCUUCAAUUAUAGUUAACUUUCAUAGAGACGGUGAUAACGGAUUAACAAGACCAUCUUUGAUGAACGAUGGUCGAUCAUUAGCACCACCACAAUCCAUAACUCAACCAUAUGUUUCGCAUCAGAUGAAACGGCUUGCAAGACAAAGCUAUUCUGAGGGUAGUUCUUCAUCGCCGGUUGCAGAUGUAAGGAAUAUUGACGCAUUGCUUUCGGAAAAAACUAAAAAAUUGGAAAGUGCUGAAGAAAAAGUCAAGGCUUAUGAGGCUAGAAUCAAAAAACUUACAAUUUUACGUUCCCGAUAUCAAAAUCUUGAAACAAAUCACAAUUUGGAAAUUGAACAAAAAAACAAAAACGAGAAACGCAUCAAUGAACUUGAGUUACUUUGUAAGAAGUUGGAGACGUCCAAUUCUAAUUUAUCACAAGAAUUGAAAGAGCAGGCUGAAAACAUUAAUACAAAAAAAGAUACAAUCAAUAUUAAAAUGAUUGAAUUACAAACUAGACAUAACGAACUGCAGAUUGAACAUGAUUUAAAAGCAGAGAAAUGUAAAGAAUUACAAGAAACGGUGAAAGAGCUCGAAAAUAAAGUUAAUCAAGAACAUUCUAAUAUUGAAAUUAAUGAAAUAGACAAUUCUGCUACUGAACAGAUUGAAAAAUUACAAAAUGUAAUCGAAGAUUUAAGAAACAAUUAUCAGGAAUCAAAGGAUGAAAAUAAUCGAAUUAUUGAUGAUGCUGAAACUUCUAUUAGUAAUUGGCAAGAUAAAUAUUCAGAAACAGUAAGAGAAAUAAACAAAUUAGAAAGUCAAAUUGAAGAAAAUAUACAAAAAGUUUAUUGUCGAUCAGAAUUGGAAGAAAAAAUAAAGAAAUUGGAGGAAGAAUGUAAUAUUGGAAAGGAAUCAGCGUUAGCUAUCGAAAAACAAUUGAAACAAGAGAUUGAAAAAAUUCAAAAAGAAUCAGAGGAAGAAAUCCAAUCUCAUAAAGAGAAUAUUCAAAAUCUAACUAGUGAUAUUGAAGGUUGGAAAGCUAGUUUUAACAAUUUGAAUGAUGCACGCGAAGAAAUUGAAAAAUCUGAUAUUAGGUCGAGAGAAAAAAUUAGAGGAUUAGAUCAACAACUUGCAGAUUGUAAAAGUGACUUUCAACAAGUGGAAAAAUUAAUUAAAAAUAUCAUUGAAACUAUUUUGGAAUAUUUGCCUAUGGUUCUAGCACGCGAGAAUAAAACUAUAGAUGAUGAAAAGAAAAACAUGGAAAAAAAUCUGAAUCCUGUAAAUAUGAUACGGAAGCUAGGCGAUUUCAUCAAAACUUUAGACGAAGAAUUGCGCAGUGCCAAAAAGUCAUUGGAGGAGAGAAGAGAUGUAAAUACAAAAAGGAAGCAAACAAUGAAAAUUCAAACUGGUUUAUUAAAUGAUCUCAGUAAAAAAUUAUGGAGCAAUUAUUCUAAUUUUAAAUCAAUAGCAACCAAAUUAGAACUAUCUGUGCCAUCUCUUCUUUCAGAAGAUAAAGGAAAUGAUAAUGAUGACGAUGUUAAUGUUGACGAGCAACCCAAUUCAUCAAAUCGUAGCCAUAAUAAUCAACGAUACCCCAUGGAAGAAGCCUUGCGUAAAUUAUUUGAAAAUGAUGGCAAUAAUAAUAAAGAAUUGUCAAAAGAUGACAUUAAUAACCUUUUGGAAUUUGUAUCUAAACUUGAUUUUACUGAGUUCGGUUCUGUUAUAGAGAAUAAGGUUAAGCAUGCAGAAACACUAGCAGAAAGAUUCAAAAGAGAGAGCAGUUCAUACAAAAAUAAAUAUCUUGAACAGAGACGUGAAUCUAAAGAAAAAAUUGCAUUCCGCAGUUUUAAGGAAGGUGAUAUUGCAGUAUUUUUUCCAAAUAGUAAUGAUCUUGCAAAUGCUCAAUGGCAAGCAUUUCAUCUCGAAUGUCCUCAUUACUUUAUACGUGAAGCCGAAAUUAAUGACUCGGCAAAAAAUAAAAGAUAUGUUGAAGUAUAUCAAGCUGAUUCGACACCUCAUGCUUCUCGUCGUCGAUCGGUAUCAGAAGCCCAGACAAACAAAAGUUCGAGAAACAACGGUAAUAUUCAAUUAAUGAGUGCAUCUGUUUCAAGCCUUUCAAAUACAACAACGAGUGUUUCUAGACGCUCCAGUGCAAGUUCUUCCAAAAAACGUGUAACUAUAACAAGUAUGCCAAUAUCUACCAAUACCAAUAUUAGUCAAUCUCCUCAAUCAUCAUGA